CAGUAGUGUAUACAACCCAACGUCAUAUGGUGACCUAAAAUGGCGGAGUCGCAGUCAGAGCUGGAUGUCUUGGUCCAAAGAGUAGUUAAAGAUAUUACUAAUGCAUUUAAGAGGAACCCUAACAUUGAUGAGAUUGGUGUGAUUCCAUGUCCAGAGGGACGUUACAACCGCAGCCCCAUCGUGGUGGUGGAGAACAAGCUGGGAGUAGAGAGCUGGUGUGUCAAGUUUCUGCUGCCAUAUGUACACCACAAGGUGUUACUCUACCGCCAACGGAAAAAUUGGCUGGAUAAGGAAGCUUUAGUGGAUAUCACGUCCACCCUCUUGCUGCUUAAUCCUGAUGUCACGACUGCAUGGAAUGUCAGGAAGGAGUUGAUUCAGUCUGGAGUACUUAAAGCAGAAAAGGACCUCUACCUAGGCAAGCUGGCACUCACCAAAUUCCCCAAGAGCCCAGAGACGUGGAUACAUCGACGCUGGGUGCUGCAGCAAAUCCUGAGACGGCUCUCAGCUGUGGAUUGUGAUGGAAAGCAACAACAGGGUGAAGCAGAGAGGGCAGCUGUAGAAAGGAGUCAGCAGUUCAGUUACCACUUUGCUCAAUUGCUCCACAAAGAACUAAAUGUCUGCUCUGAUGCUGCAUGUAGUUAUCCCAGCAACUACAAUGCAUGGUCCCACCGCAUCUGGGUGCUUCAACAUAUGGCCAAAGGCAAUGUGAAGGUUUUCCAUGAUGAGCUGUCCACAACGCGUCAGUGGGUGUCAAUGCAUGUGUCUGACCAUAGUGGCUUUCACUACCGCCAAUUCCUGCUUCAGGAGCUAAUUGAGGAGUUUUCUCUGACACCAGCUCCCAGCAAAAACUGCUCACCCCUUCAUCAGUCCAUGCCCAGAACUUGCUUCUUACCUUCCAUCAGUGUCCUGGCUAAUGGAGAGCAAUCAGGAAUACAGACAAUAGAUGAAGAUGAGAGGGAGCUUGACUUAGCCAAACUGUUUGAGCUCUUCCACCAGGAAAUGGAACUAUGCUCAGACCUGAUCCGGUCUUUCCCUGGACAUGAGACCCUGUGGAGUCACAGGCGGCAUGUCUUCUAUUUGUGGCACCAGUGGAGGUGGGAACACCAGCUCUACUUCAACUGUAAUGGAAGCACUGUCCUCUGUAACAUUGGUGACACGGACCAACUGAAGCAAGGUGGUCAAGGGUCUGGUGAUUGCGGAGCUGGUAGCAUGGAGGUAGAUGGCAUAUCCUUGCCUGAUUCUCGCGACAGCAAGCGACUUAAGAGGGGUUUCCGUCUGUCAAACCCCCCCAGCCUGUCCUCAGAGUGCACAUUUCUGAGCACUAUUCUGGACAGACAAUGUAACCCUGAGCAAAGACACUUUGGACUGGCAUACAAAAAGUGGUUAGAAUCUGUCAUUGGUAAGGAGCUUUGAGAAAAAAAAGAUUGCUGAACACAUUAUUUUAAAAAGUACAAUUAAAUUUAGCUAUGACAAAAUUGUAUUAGUUUGAUGCUGUGCUGCUAUAAGGAACCAAUUAACAAAUUUUGUGUCAGAUUGCUGUUUCUUGUGUGUGCGUGCCUGCAUGCGUAUGGGUGACAUCAUUCCGUAUCUCAUCAAUUUUAAGCAUCUCUCAGUAUGUCAUGUUUAGUUCCCUUCCUUUCUCCUUUUAUUUCAGGGUUUUUAAUGCACCAUGUAAAACAUGCCUAACGAAACAUAUAUUAACAUCUUAUUUUUGCUUCAUUCUCUUUGACAGUUAACUUCUGACCAUACAACAUUUAACAUGUGUUACCCUAUAACAUUUAAUUAUCAGUUGUGACUGUGGAGUUUUUGUGACAGUGUUAGUGCAAAGAUGUUCAGGUUUUCUAUGCCUUGCUCAGUAUCACAACUAUGAGGUGGAAGGUUUGUCCAAGGUUGGGUCAGUGGUCCAGUGCUACGUCCUCUCUAAAUUGAACUUUUUUUUUGCCCAUAUACUCGUUGCUCCUCCCCACCAUUGCUAAUCUGUUGUAUCAGUUUGUCGCAAAAAUCACUGCUCUCAUAGCUUGCAAAAUAAUGUAGUUUUAUCGUACGAACUUACAGGGUGCUAGCUUGUCAUCAGAAAUACUGUACUAAAUAAACUCAUAGCCAUAGAAUGUUA